AUGCACCCUCCUGUCGCCAAAUAUGAAUCAGCCGUAAGGUCACCUUACGAUCGCCCGAAUCCAACUUUUGCGAGAGAACGUGGCCAACCCCAAGGAUACCGCACGGGGGGAGCAGAUGAGGCACCCGCUAGGCGCGGAAGCACAUUGGAUGGAAGCAACCCGGUGGAAGAUAACAUAGCUGUAUCUUUCCAUGCGGGCAGAGACGGACGGUACACUCGCCCUGGAUACACAAGGGAUGGGAACGAUGUUGUGGAGGACAAGAGGCAUGCGGGCCCGUACCCAGUCUCCCGCUCCGCCAGCGGUGCUUUGCCCACUGAUAAUCCAUACAAUCCAUUGAUGGAAGAGGUGCCAGCAAAGGUGACUUCACCGCCAACCCGCACCUCAAAUCGGAAGAAUCCAGUCGACAGGCUCACGGAACAGGGCCAUGAUUUGCACGAUUAUGGCUUGAUCCAAAGAGCCAGUGACUCCGAGCAAUUGUCUUUUGGCCCAAGUCGUGGUUCCCCUCUUAUUUCCAGAGUGACUGGAGAGCGGAAUGCGCAGGAAUCACAAAUUCGAUCGUCAGUCCCGCCAUACCACGAAUUCACGAGUCAGCUCGAGCGACAAGCCAAUCGGACUAGCAAUCACAACGACAAGUCUGAUAUACCGGUUCCUACUAGAAUGCCUCAAAGCCAGCCAAGCCUUUCAGAUCUUGCCCUCCAAUUUGCAAAGAUGCCGUACCUCGAUUUCGUGGCUGUUGAAAAAUUCAUUUCCAGGAACCCGGAAAUCUUAAAGGUCCACCCUCAGGCUUUGCUAGAAGAAGCGACGAGAGCAUUUGCGGGCCCCGAAAAGUCCUUCGCACGAACAUGUGUGCAACAAGCUGUGGUGCUCAAGCUGUUAAAAGACCAACCCCGGGCUACCCAGCACAGAAUUCUCAACGACUUAAAGCAAAAGGAGGACCAGGUCAUGGGACGCUUCUUCGAGCAGCGUGAUUCGACUUGGCACGAAGUGGUAAAGGCAUCAUCCAAUGUCGCUCUGAACAGGGUACCGACAGUCGUCGGGGGAUCACCACAACGUCCAACUGUCCAGUAUCGGCCACCCGAGACUUUGCCUUCGAUAUCUGCAUCACCUGCAAUUCUACGUGGCUCGAGGCUCGAGGCCACGGCUUCUUCGUCAAUGGGAGACGAUGCUUCUCGAACAAGUCGCGUUGGUCAAAGAACUACAGCCACCUCUAAUGAUCGUGUGCAAAAUCCUCGUUCGCCAGUUCACGACUUCACGAGAGAUCCAGAACUUGCUGUUUCUCGUGGCAGUCGCGACUCUAGUACGCAACCACCCCUUCUUCCAAUCCACGGAAAUGAUACCUUGGACAGCAUGAACACACGACAAUUGGACAUGCGUUAUGUGGUGAGGCCGUCGAUAUUCUACAAGCCCGGUCGGGUUUUUGCGGUGUUGUGGCACGAGCCGGGCAUGCCGUGGGAACGACCGACAAGCAACCCUGCGAGCUAUGCCGGUGCUGAGUCGAGAGCCCCACUUGGAGAAGCAAUUUACAGCGCUAUUCGGAGAAUGGUAGUAGUCAGGCAAGAUCAUGGCUUUUCUGUCUGCAUCGCGAUUAAUUCCUACGCGGGGAGAGGCCUUUCGAAGUUUAGAAAUUCACCUCGGGACAUUCAUGCACACUCACGAAUUUAUAAGACUGGCGACACUCCGGACUGGGUGAAGGACGAACCACAAUCCUCGAGACGAGACAUUGAGGUUAACGUUAUGAACGACCAGCGAUUUCCCCCCUCAUCCCGUCUUUGCUACAGCCGCCCAUAUACCGUGGAACAUACCGUCAAAAGCUUGGACGUUGGGGAGAUUGCGGAAGCUUCACUACCCUAUGUGCUUCGGUAUUUCCAAUUGGUAAAUAGCGUGGCCUCAGAGUGA